AAGAGAUCAACGUGGUAUGCACAACUAUGUUGCCCAAUCGUAAUGCAAUAACUGUUAACAUGACAAUAUAAAGGAUUGCUCUUCCUUGUCAAAUUUAUUAUUCGUGAUCAAAGCAUACAAAACAGGUUUUCCUCAAUUCAGGAGAUAUUCUAGAAUAGAAACGCUUAUGACAUGAAAAUUGAAAGGAUAAUGCCACUUGUUUAUACCUACAUCGUGUUUGUUUUGGUCCCAUUGAUAUUGAACCAGGUAUACGUAAAUGCCAAUUACGGACUUCAGUGUAUUCAAUGUGAUAAUGACCACAGAGAGCGAUUCUGUCGUGAAAGUAUUGGUACAGAUGAUAAUGGUCAUGGUUCAUUUACUGCAUUUACAGUCACUUUAAAUCGGAAUAGCGUAAAAUGGCUUCAUGGAGAAAUAGUAAAAUACACCCGUGUCCUCACUAAUAUUGGUAAUACUUACAAUACCCACACGGGUAUUUUUACUGUUAAAACGGAUGGUGUUUACGCUGUGUCAGCUGCUAUGAUAGGAGGCCCAGGUCAAAUCACUCAUUAUUCUAUCAGGAAGAAUAACCACGUGAUGGUGUGGCUAUUCACUGGUGCGAAAUUCGACAUUGCAGCCCAAACCAUCAACCUUGCACUGAGGAAAGGAGACAGGCUUUGGAUUGUACUGGAAGGGUGCGCUGUUUUAAUUACUCAUGUUGUACAUCCUUAUCAUCAAUUUAGUGCAGUUCUGGUAAAGCCAGGAAAAUUUUGAAAAAAAACCAAGAAGAUUUAUUAAA